AUGUAUAUGAUGUCCAAAACCUCAAAAAUUCACAAAAAGACCAUGAAAAUGAUCACAGAAAUGUGCAGGUUGUCAGCAGUCACAGAGUUUUUCCAGGCAAGUGUUCAACAGGACCUCAGAAGAUAUGAAGAACAAGCUAAGAAUAUUGGACUGUCAUGCAAUAGUUUAAAGGAAAGUUGGAAACAAAGCAUUGACAUAGUGGAGAAAAAUAUCCAGCGCUUACAAGCAACAGUUGGUUCACUGGAGUCUAGGUCUAGUACAAUUAACACAAAAAGUAUUGACCUUCAGAGAAGUCCAUAUGCCAAAGCAAAACAGGUUAAUCCACUUGAAGAAGUCACUCAGACUGUGAUGACUGCUUAUGAUAGACUGAAAAGAAGGCCUAAAGGUAAUUACACUUUUAAUGUGUAGAUUUUCUAAUGAUUCAAAAGUUUAAGACAUCGAAUGUUUUGUUGAAAU